ACAGGUGCAUCCUCAGUAUUACUCGGAUUUUUUGUACUUUUUCAUUUCGGAUUUUGUGAAAAAAAAGAUGGUGGAAGUUCGAUUUCGGGUAUAUCGGUAACAUGUUAUUCGAAUUUGAAAGAGUGUCAAAAUGGUUGUCGGUUUUCCUGUUAUCUUGUUGAUCAUUGCAAUGAUUCAAAAUCACCAAUGGUUGCAUGUGCGCCUGGCUUAGUAGCGAUUCUCCUAAUUACAUUUGUCUUCAUACUUGCUGUUGCAUUUACCUGCUGUUUAGUCUGUAUUUUCACACCUGUUUGUUGCUUUUAUAAAUGGUGGCGAAAAAAAAGAAACAAAAAUAGAACUCGUGCUAGGGUAUAG